ACGCCUCCGACUCGAUCCGCGCGAGCCCCGUCUUCGCCAUGGAGAGCUUCCAGUUCAUUGAUCCGAGUGAUCAGCUCUUCCAACAGACGUCUGGAAAGAUCCUUCAUCAAUUUAUCAUGGUCACCGUACACCUACGCACCGAUCGGCCAGGACAGCUCCUGUGGACAUACUUCCGUGUCGACUUCGACAACAACCCCUACCCGAGCGGACGCCACAUCGUAGGCCUUUCCGACGAUCACGAAGGCUUGCGCGGGCAUUCGCGCGGGCUCGGCCGCCUUUCAGGGGCAGACCAGCCAGUAGAGAACGGGCCGUCCCUGGAUGACAUCGCGUCCUUACUCGAGGUUGUACACCAUCGCCGCAUGCUCAGGGGUUACAACGGGUUCUGCAGGGACAGCCUGUGGCUCACGGAGAACCUCCUCCUGUCUACAGCCCGGAAGUACUCGCAGCACUGGCUUGCGGGUCCUUCCAAGCCGGAGGCACUGAGGACGUACGCCGAAUACAUGAUCCUGUAUGAUCAAGACCCCGUUACACAGUCCUUGGUAGGCAUGGGAACUCGACCCGUGCGACAUCCCGACCGCAUCAAGUUGCAUGACGAAGACGUCCGUAUAAUUCUCGAGGAGUGGAUUCCUUCUACGAAGGCGGGGUUCAUCUAGCAUCGCCAUUUGGGAUUACUGCAAUGACAGUCUGUCGUUGGAUCGCGAAUGCGUGUUUGAUACGGAAGGUUGUAACAAGUUCGAGAGAAGGUCACCGUAGUGAUCCAUCGUGCGGGCUAUAUGCAUAUGGAGUGUACACUAGACUUACCUGCAUGUUUCGACCCGACGCGCUUGCACGUCUUCCUGCUUAACUCCUCCUAGUGAUGGUAUUGAAUCGCUC